CUUUUAAUGAUCGUUCAAUUUGUUGGGCAAUGAGUUGGUUUUCAUGAGGAUCUGGUCAGAUGUUUAAGGUUUCAGGGAUGGUUCCCAAGAGUAUCGGACCAGAUGUCAGUUCUACUUCACUUGGCUCCCUCAAGUCCUGUUUUAUAUUGCAUCUUGAUGCCCUUCUUGCUAGCAUAGCUGAAACAGAGAAGCAAACAGAGUUGGCCACACGAGUUUCAACAUGGAAAGAACGGAUUGAACACACCUCGGAAGAGCAAGAUACACACCCUCCUUUUGACAUUCACUUAUAUGGCGAGAGAAUCUUGGACAAGCUUUCCUUCAAAGUAGACAGUGGAGGAAGCAUGUCCUCUAUGGAUGUUGUGAUGGGCCAACCCAAGCAUGAUGUUGCAAGGACAUUUUCUGCACUUCUGCAGCUGGUAAACAAUGGGAAUGUUGAUCUACAAAGAGCUCCAGCAAGUGAUGAGUUUGUCCAUCUACGUGAAGUUCCUUCGCCAUGCCAGAAGAGAAGAUAUGGGCAACUGUUCGACAAGGAAGAGAGUUAAUUUCCCUUUGAGGAAAGGGUGCAUAAAAGCAAAUUCCUCCACCUCAGAAGCCACCUCACCUUUAAAAUCAUUGCAUCAGAAUGGCAGGUUCUCUCCUAAGCUUGGGAAGGGCAAUGUUAUCGGGUGUACUCCUGAGGGGAAAAGAAGACGGAGGUCUACUCG